AUGACGCCAUCUGCCCUGAGCAGUGACGAGAAACCUGUUCUGUCCUUUGUUGAAUGCGCUUUAGAACCGGCGAAACUUCGUUCACCGAAAGGAAGCGAUCCCGCCAGAUCGCCAAUGCACAUGAUCGCUCUGCAUACUUUUGAGGGGUCAAUGCCGGAUGGUUACAUGAACGCGCAUGUGUCAAGUCAUAGGACCCGUCGAUUGGCGAUAAAACCUCCGAAAGAUCCCCAGCCGCAGGUGCGCGGCGGUUUCCGACAUAUCUUCGAGACGGCAGACGAGGCGGUGUCAGAGUCAGGAGAACCUGAUGGUGGCUAUGCUAUGACAGCGCAUCAGACACGUGAGCUCAAUGGACGUUUAUUGGCCAAUGAACUCUUCGAGGCUCCCCGGCAAUCGCAACGAUGUUGUUAUAUUAUCCUUCACCCUGACUGGGGAAACAGCAGUGGAGAUAUCAUGGCCUGGGUACAGCAGCACCGACUUCGCCAAAGGGAAGCUUCGGGCGCUGGUACUGCACCACCAGCAUUUGCGAUCCAAAGAUAUUUCUCAGACGGUAUUCCAUUUGUCUGCUACUUGUCAUACAACCCCUGCUGA